CCACGAAAUUGACAUAUUUUUUCUGUUUCUCAUAUUCUUCUCCACGUUGUUAUCGUUGAUUUUGUUAACACGAUAAUGUCACAUGACUUUUUUCAAUUUUUUUUGUUUGUUUGUGAUUUUUUUUAACAGGAUAUGGUAACGAAACUAGAUGAAUCCUAUGAAGAACCAUCGCAGGAAAAUAAGCAGAAUAAUCCAUCGUUCGUGUCACUUCCUGAUGAAAUCAUCUUGAACUGUUUAGCCCGCAUAUCGAGAUCGUACUACCCGAGACUCUCCCUAGUAUGCAAGACCUUUCGCUCUCUCAUUGUGUCCCGUGAUCUCAAUUUGACGCGAUAUGAACUUAAAACACACGAAACAGUAGUUUAUGUGUACUUACAGUUUCCCAACAGUCAUCAUCCAUCCUUGUUCACCCUCUGGAUAAAACCUGGCAAAAUCCUAAAUAACCAACUCGAGGAGAAGGAGAGGUUGUCUACCGGAGAUGUUCGGUUGGUACAAACACCUUCUUCAUAUGUUUCGUGUAUACCAAUCUUCUCCGUUUCGGUUGGUUCAGAAAGGUACGGACUCCGCCAAAGCGAUGAUCCGUCUUCCAUCAUAUAUAUCCUUAGUAAGGGUAUAUAUGGUUACUUAUGGCGUGAAGCCACCAACAUGACUGUAGCUCGAGCGAAACCUCUUGCAUGUGACCUCAAUGGGAAAUUAUAUGUAAUGGGAGGCUGCGUCGGUAAAAAAUCUACGAAUUCGGGUGAAGUUUUCGAUCCCAAGACUCAAAGUUGGGAAGCUUUACCUGUCCCUAGCCCCGAGCUACGUUUUUCUUCAAUUAGAACAAUAGAGGCAAUCGAAGGAAAGCUUUACGUUAGAAGCAAUGAGAAGAAAGACUCUGUUUAUGAUCCAGAAACAGGUGAAUGGAAGGUUGCCCCAAAAUUACUCUUUUUGGAGUGUGCGAUAGAUAAUGUAUGGUAUCGUUGUGAUCGAAACCUGCGCUGCUCGUGGUAUGACACAAAUCGAGAAGAAUGGAGAGAUGUCAGAGGGUUAGCAAUGUUGAAUAAGUAUGGUAAUAUUACUGGUAUGCCUGAAAUAGCUAACUACGGUGGAAAACUCUUAAUUUUAUGGGACAAGAUUUCGUUUAGUCAGCUUGGAUACUCAUACAAGCACAUUUGGUGUGCGAUGAUUGCGCUGGAAAGACGUGAUGGAACUACAGUUGACGAGGUUUGGGGAAACAUUGAGUGGGCUAAUAUAGUGCAUACGGUUCCCAGCUCAUGUGUUUUCUUGCGUAGUGUACUAAAAAGGGUUUGAUCAAAAUAUAAUCAUGUUUUUUUCUGUUUUGACCAUCACUUAUAACUUUCUUUAAAAUAAUUCUUUUAGUGCAUCAUUAUUAUUAGAUGAUUGAUUCAGUCGGUUUCCUUAGAUGAAUGAAACAGAAAAAAUUAACCUAAAGCGUUUUUUAAGCUCCUUAAGGUUUACAAGACGUCUCUACCGCUAUGAAUCCAUCGUUUUUGUCACUUCCUGAAGAAAUCAUAUUGACCUGUUUAGCCCGCAUACCUUUAGAUCUUACUACCCAAAACUCUCCCAAGACCUUUCGAUCUCUCAUCGUAUCAAAAGAGCUCAACGAUGCGCGAUCGGACCUUAAAAAAAAAAGACACCGUGUUUCAAGUCUGUUUACAGUCCCCCCAAUGAUCCUUGUCACGCUUGAUACACUCUCUGGAUAAAACCUGGUCAAACCCUAACCAACCAACUCGAGGAGGAGGAGGAGGAGGAGGAGACGACGACGUCUACCAGAAAUAUUAGGUAGACCUUUCUCUCUCUCUCUCUCUCUCUCUCGGAAAAUUCAAGAGCAGCAAUAAGACAGCGGUUUUAGCAAAUCGAAUCCAAAUUGAUUCAGCAUUGUCGAAUUGCUGCUCUUGAAUUUUCCGAACCCCAUUGGCGUGGGAUAGAUGAACAGACGAGAGUCUAGCGUUUUUAAGGCAAGCUGAAUAUUAGCAAAAAGUUUAGUUAGAUCACUCCAUAUUUUGGGAUUUUGAGAAUGUAUGGUUAGAUCAUCGGUUUCAUCCAGCCAGACAUUCUCAAAAAUCCCAGAAUAUGGUCACUCCAUAUUUUUUAAUCAUUUGAGGAGAAGGGGACUUGGAACCAGAUGCGCCGUCCAUUUCAGGAGAGAAAAAAAAAAAAA